ACAUUUUUUGUUCAUGACGUUCAACGGUAUUCCUGCCAUUAGCCGGCGAUGUGACCGGCAUUCGAAAGUUCCGCGUACCGCGAAAUUUUUGGCGACCAUUAUCCUUUGACUCGUCAGCGGAAUUCCUCCCCUCCAGGCGGGCACGUGGAACAAGUUUCAAAGGCAGGUGCAACUUGCCUCCGUAGUGUCAAAGACACGCAUUCUCUUCUGAAAAGCGAAACUCUCUCGACCAGAUUUUAAAUCACAAUUUUUUAAUUCCUCAUGGACUCCACUCAAAUUCAAAGUUCCAGCUGAUAGUUCACUUUUCUUUCAAUCGUUGAAAGUUUCAUUUCGGAGUUUCAUUCGUUCUACUUAAAAAAAAAAGAAAGUACGUGGGAGUCGAAACUCCAUUGUGUACGUCCUCGAGUGAUUUAACCCGAAACAAAACAAACGUACGUACUCAAACUGACAGUUGUGACAGCUCUGAAUAAAUUCCAAACAUUCGAAAACACAUUCCUAAUCUUAAUUUUUUAAUAUACUUGUUACUUUUUUUAUCGCGAAGUGUUUUUUCCGUGUGACUAAGUGAAGUGUAGUUAUAGAGUUAAUAAUUAUAAGAAGUGUUUAUUAAAAAAGUUUAUAAGGACAUUUCAUUAAGUUUAUAAUAAGAAAAUUGAUCGCGAAAGGAAUACGUAGGUAGGGGGUUAGAAAAAUUAAAGAUAGUGAAAAGUUAGGAGGUUUUGGUACUGGAAAUCAACGGAACGGGAUGAGGCACUACUAAGUGAUCUCUCUGAAAGAUUUCAUCAAGAAGAAUAUCGUGAUUCGGAGCAGGGGCGUGUGGCAUCGUUUUAUUUGGAGCAUUGUGGAUUGGGAGAAAUGUCCACAAAGUUGAAAAGGGAACCGGUAACCGGUUAUGUCAUUGGCUGGAAACUGGAUCGUGGAGCGUGUUGACUUACAACAGAUGAAGAAGCGUGCCGAUAUCUGAGAGAGAGGUCGACGAAGUGUGCUAGACACGAGAGAGGAAAAAAGGGCGCCUCUCUCUUUCAUCCCCACCACUAACCGGAACUCAUAUGCUCAUACACGCGCGGAAAACGCGUGCAGUCUGCGAAGACAUCGAAAUGGUGGAGCUCAGUGGUAGUGGUCAGCCAACAGCCAUGGGAGUCAUGGGACUCGGAUCCGUGAUAUCAGCCGCGACAUCAUCGUCUUCCUCGUCGACGACAACUACGGGCGCGUCGUCAUCGACGUCGGGUCGCGCGGGUAUUCUUGAAACUCAAGUUCGUGGUCAGUGGUACCGUGUUUUCGUGUCUCUCGAGGACGAUUACUUGAGCAUUUCUCUUGACGAAAGUUGUGACGAUCCCACAGGGAUGAACGGUAACAUAAACAAUAACAAUAUUGACAGUCUGAAUGAUCCCGAUGUACCGGAUUCAGUGGCUAAUCAAACAAGGGUAGUGCGCGUUAUGAAAAGUGACAAUAACGGUCUCGGGAUUUCGAUCAAAGGUGGGAAGGAAAACAAGAUGCCUAUUCUGAUUUCGAAAAUCUUUAAGGGAAUGGCAGCAGAUGCAACGGAACAACUUUAUGUUGGUGAUGCCAUUCUUGCUGUCAAUGGUGAAGAUCUUCAAGAAGCUACACAUGAUGAGGCUGUUAAGGCCCUGAAGAGGGCUGGCAAGGUCGUCGAACUUGAAGUAAAAUAUCUCAGAGAGGUGACACCUUACUUCCGGAAAGCUUCGAUUAUACAGGAAGUUGGAUGGGAAUUGCAACGCGGUUUUCUGAGUGCCACCCCACCACCACCAAAGUCACCCCCAAGAGCAGACACUAGGUAUCUACCUCUUCAGCUCUGUAGACUGACGAGAUCACACCCUUCGACGGAUCCUGAAGGGCGAAUUUUGGAACUUCAUUCUCCUGAUGGAGUGCACGAGUGUUGGCUGAGAGCCUCUGACAAUACGGAGGCGAAUGUCUGGUUUAACGCUCUACAUUCAGCUCUAGCAUCUCUCACGUUGAAAGCCUUGAGACUGGCUUCAGCGCUUCCGGAUCCUCCGCAACUUCAGCACAUCGGGUGGCUAGCCAGGAGGCACUGUGUUCAGAAUGGUGGAGCCAGUAGCGAAAGUAGCGAGGAUGGAGCCGGAAGUAGUGCGAGCACGUCCCGGGGUGGAGGAAGUGGAUUUGGUACCGGCUGUACCGGCGGAUGGCGAAGCGUCUUCGGAGCAGUUUCCGGUCGAGAGCUCAGGCUUUACGAAUGCGCACCCUGGAGUCCAGAAGCCUGGGCGUCUCCAAGUAUUACCUGUCCCCUCAUUGCCACAAGGCUCGUCUCUACAACAAUGAGGCAAAAUGAACCCUCCUCGAGCAAUUCGACAUCCCAACAUGGAGCGACAUUUGCAGUCAGAGUUGGAACUAUUGAUGGUGUAAUAACACACAAUCUACGAGCAGAAACCAGAAGAGAUUUGGCUGCAUGGGCUAGGGCCAUUGUCCAAGGGUGUCAUACUGCAGCACUUUCGCUUCGAGACUACACAGUUCGUUGUGUCUGGCAAGGCAGAGCUUGUCAACUAAUUGUUAACCACGAAGAUGGUUUCACCCUUUAUGCAGCUGGGGCAAGAGGGAUUGGUGGAUCUGGUGUCAGUCCUGGUUCGCCACCUACUCCAUUAUGGCGAAGAUCUUUUGACAAACUGAAAAUGUCAGCUGACGAUGGAGCCAGGCUCCUCUGGCUUGACUUUUGUGGCGAAGAUGGUGAAAUUGAAUUGGACCUUGAAAGCUGCCCGAAGCCGAUAGUCUUCGUUUUGCACAAUUUUCUCUCUGCGAAGAUACAUCGCCUUGGAUUAACUGCAUAGGGGUACGAGGGGGCCCCCAUGGAGGCCCCCGAUCUACCUCCCCACACAACUAGGUCUGUAACUAGCGUCUUUCUGCAUUAAAAAGAAAAAAAUCGAUUAAUAGUCUAUUAAACAAAGAAAGAAAAAUAAAUAUCUCAAAGAUCACGAUGGGGAGGGUGAAACUUUAAAUUUUAAUUUUAAUUUUCUUACACCUUAUACCUCACUCUCGUAUUGAAAUCCAUUAAGUUAUUACAAGUUUUUCAAUUUAUAUCACCUACCUAUAUUAGGUUAGGAUUAAUAUAAUAUUCUCUCUAUUAUUUUUCCAUUAAUUUAAUUUUCUUCCGGUGGUCAGAUUGUUUUUUCCGAAUGGCUGGGGAACCACUGAUUAAUCUCUUCUAUAUUUUAUUUUAUAAGAAUUUUGAAAAGUCAUCCUUAAAAUAAAUAAUUAAUCAAAAUGGAACUUUGAAGUCUGAAUUUUAAAAUACAAGUGGUUCACAUUUGGAGAAAACAUAUUAUCAACUAGUUAUGUAUCGUUGCUAAAUAUAAUUUGGAUAAUAAUAAUAAUAAUAAUAAUAAUAAUGACCAUUUAAUUUAUGUUGAUUUAAUUUAUUUUAUUUUAAUUAAUUUUAAUCCCACGAAGAAUUCGUGAUCUUUGUAGUAAUGGCGAUCGCAAUCGCGAGCCAACGACUUUAACAUAAGAAAGUAUAAAUAAAGAGAAAGAAGUGAGAAUGACAAGAGGUAAUGUAACGAUAAUCGAUUCGAAGCCAUCCAGGAAAUGAUUUUCGAAAUUAACGGAGGAUUUUAGGGAAUUACUAAUAAAGGAGUGGAUCAGCUGAUGAAAUCCACAAUAGUUGAAAAUAAAAUAAAGGAGUAGGAUAUAUCGAAAAUCGCUACUAAUCAACGCGCCUAACUAAGUAACUGAUUAACCUAAUUAUCGAUAAAAUAAUUAACGAAUUAUUAUAACAAAUUAAAAUGAAAAUAAAAAUGAACAGAAGCGCUCAUCGGCGGAUCCGAUCAGUAGAGGGGAGCUCGCUUGGCCUAGUGAUCAGAAAAGUUGGAGGACAAAAGAGACUUUCGAGUCUCCUAUUUUCUAAGGACGACGCGGCAUUUGUUAAAGAUCGAUGUAAAGUAUUGUAAAAGUGAAUCUUUAAAUUUUCUGAUGUAAGCUACUCUUUGGCAGUCUAUCCCCCGAACUCAGAGAGAUUGGGGCCGCCCUUAAACACAAAUCCGGAUCCGUUCCUGAUCGUGCAAUCGCAUGACAAAACUAUUAUGAAAGUGCGAAAUUGAAACUGUAUGGGGAGAAUGUGUUGUGUAAAUUUAGUGACUAAUUUAUUCAUUGUUACCGCUCACCGCUCGCUGGCUAUUCCCAAAUAAUCUUAUAUUUAUAAUUUCACCAAUAAAGUCAAGUAAAUAAGGGAGCGUUCAAAUAUUAUUUACGUAACAUUUUUCCUAUAUCUUUUUAACACCCUACUGAGGGCACAUUGAUAUACGUGCAAUUUCAGAUAAGCUUAAAAUGUUUCAAUUUUAAAGUGAUGAAUGGUGCAGUUUGAGAUUAUUAUAGUUUGAAAGCCUUUAAUUUUUUAUUUUAAAAUUCU